AUGCCCUUCGUCGGAGAAGACAACCACUCAGGACGCAAGCGAAGAUACAGCGAUGAUGAUGACGAGCGGCCAUUAUACUCGACAUAUCCCUCGGGAGACUCCAUGGAUAUUUACUAUCGCAAACAACGGCCAGAACUUCCACUCCGAAAGGUUCUUCCUAUGACAAAGAAACCCCGUCUGAUCAACGACGAUAUUCUUGAUGCGGACGAUAUAAGCACUUCUCCCCGAAAUUGGCGUUUAUCGCAGCCCAAGACGCUACAAGUUCAGCCCGUCACUAAGAACCGGGUCACAAACGUUCUUGCUCCAUGCCACAUCUGCCACCGCAGACCGACCAAAAAAACACACCUCGACUCUUUUGCUGACUGCCAAGGCUGUGGGGAGCGUACUUGCUUUGUAUGCCUUCGCGAAUGUCACGGAUGGAAUAUGGAUGGGGGUUCUGGAGUUUCGGAGCAAGAAAUGCUUUCAAGGUCUUUCCACAUGGAUGAUGUGGACGAUGAACCACAACACAAUGCCACUGCAAAGGACGGGCAACAACAAUCGAACCAAGGAUGGAAGGCUGUUGGGCAUCAGGCUGUGGUAUGCAGCCGCUGCUGUAUUGAACGAGGCACAGAAGGAGACGUAACAUGCUUGGGCUGCUUCUCUCGGAUGGAAGGUUCAUGA